AGGUACAAGGUCAAACAAGGACAAGACUCAGCAGUUCCUGGUGCAUUAUGCUGGCUGGACAGGGUUGGAUGAGUGGGUGGUGGAGCCACGAUCCUAACGUGGAUGAGACCAACCUUCAAAAGAAAAGAGAAGACUUCACAAUGGCUUCAUUCCCGAUUAGUACAUAAGUUAUAAAACUAGCCACGAAUGAAUCAAUUUUGCGCAAGCAAACGCGAGAGUCCCUGUGCACACGUCACACCUGUGUGCAUAUGAUAAAUAUCUUAUGGUUGUGUGCGCGAGUGCCCGUCGUUUAGUGUCUAACUGAAUCACACCACGACGUGGCUGUAGUAGGCUCACUUGGCUGCUAUAAUACAUGAGCUUUUGGAGGCCAGUCUGAAAGCACAUUUACUGUCUUCCAUACUGUGCAGCAGAGAAGGCCAAAGAAAAGGGAAAGAAAGGACCAGAAGAGAACCUGAGACUGGUCGACGAAGAAGGAAGACAAACGACAUUCAAGAGAGCUCCCACAAAAAAAACAAUCCAGAGAGAGAGUAAAGGUGGAGAUACCGAGGAACUCAGAAGUGGCUGCAGACGCUGGACCAAAAAAUGUCCAGACCAAGAAACAGCUGGUGAGACUGCCAAAGAAGCAGAUGGUGAAUGACAUUCUCCAGCAGUAUGCCUCUCACCUCUCCACCACUGACCCUGACAAGACCAGUUCGGGGCAGAUGAAGGAGGUGUGCGAUGGAGUGAGAGAGUAUUUCGAUGCCAUGCUUGGUGCCCAGCUCCUCUACAAGUUUGAGAGACCGCAAUAUGCAGAUAUGUUGGAGGCUCAUCCAGACACUCCGAUGGCUGAGAUCUAUGGCGUGGAGCACCUCCUCAGACUGUUUGUUCGCAUUGGUCCAAUGCUGUCGUUCACAGCCAUGGAGGAAGACAGCAUGUCACUCCUGCUGUCUCACAUGCACACCUUCCUCAAGUAUGUGGCGGCCAACCAGGAGAUGUUUACAGUGGAGUAUGACGCAGCACCUCAAGAGUACCACCGCAGAAUGAUAUAGACACAUCUAUAGAGAGCACAUUCAUGUGUACCAUUCAUCCCACAUGUGACAUUCACACACAUAUUUGCUGCAUUUGUCAGACUUCUGUUAGAUUCAUUGUUGAUAAUGCUGCAUACAAGAUUACAAGAGUGCUGUAAUUGCUGGGGUAUUCCCCUUUCUGCUCAUUCCUAUUAAAGUGUAGCCACAAGUUCUGGUCAACAUUACCAGCUAAAGACAGUCACUUCUGGCACGUUAUAGCUCAACAGGUUGAUAAGAUGUCAGGAAGAGGGAAGAUGGACCAAGCUGCCAAGUCAAGGAUAAUGUCCAGUGAGUACAAGAAGACUGGUGGGACGGCCACCCCCUGGUCCAAGAGGGCUCAAACGUACCGCUGACAGGAACUAGCUCCAGUGGCAGUAGUGGGUCAGCUGGAGAUGAAGGCGGCUGGUGCACUAUACUCUAGCUCACCAACUUCAUGGAAAACUGACUCUACGUUAAAAUUAUUACUGUGUAGUUUCCAAGAGUAGAGUUAGUGGUAAUAAACUGUCUA